UUCAGAUCGUUUUGACUUUUAUUAAGCUGAGCUUUCGUGCUUUGUCGUCUCUGAAAAUUUCACCUCCACAUCCAACACUAGCUUUCCUGCGUUUCUUCCAGAUGGAGGUCUCUGUGAUGCGGUGCACUUGGGCGGCUCUCUGCAUCGCCGUGUUGGUGAUGUCAGGCUCUGCUGAAGGUGCAAGUUUGGUGAAGUUAACACCAUCGAACACGGACACACCGUUCAUGUGUGUCCUCACUAUGGACAUCACCAACCGUGUCUUCAAUGAUUCCCUCCUCAACCCUGAUGAUCUAGACUACAAAUUCAUGUAUGAGGAAGUUAGCAGUGUGCUCUACGAUGUCUACGGCUGCCCCUUUUGUGACACAAGUGCAUUUUAUCAAGGUGUAACAGACAUGGAAUUCAGUGACAUGUCUGGAUCUGUGGUUGUUCAUGCCACCCUGGUGUUCUACACAAACCAAAUCAAUGAUAUGGUGGUUAAAUAUCUGUUUAUGGAAGCCAUCAAUGGCAGAAAUGAAAUAAACGGUCUGGCGAUCAACCCUGAAUUCAUAGAGGUCGUACCAGGACCAAGUCCUACACCAAUGGCUGUCAACAACACUCUGAGCGCAACCACUCCACCAACUAUAGUAACCACCCCUACCACCACUCCAACCAUAACUCCAACCACUACACCAACUACAGUAACCACCACCCCUACCACCAUUCAAGCGUUCACCUGUGACCCCUAUUAUUCAGCCCCUUCCCUUCACUUCUAUAUUUCAUGUCUUACCACUACACCAACCACCACUCCAACCACUACACCAACCACCACUCCAACCACUACACCAACCACCACUCCAACCACUACACCUACCACCACUCCAACCACUACACCAACCACCACUCCAACCACUACACCAACCACCACUCCAACCAUCACUCCAACCACUACACCAACUACAGUAACCACCACCCCUACCACCAUUCAAGCGUUCACCUGUGACCCCUAUUAUUCAGCCCCUUCCCUUCACUUCUAUAUUUCAUGUUUUAUCACUAUAUCAACCACCACUCCAACCACUACACCAACCACCACUCCAACCACUACAUCAACCACCACUCCAACCACCACACCAACCACCAUUCCAACUACAGUAACCACCACCUCAACCACUACACCAACCACCACUCCAACCACCACCCGAACCACCAUUCUAACCACCACCUCAACCACCACCCGAACCACCAUUCUAACCACCACUCCAACCACCACCCCAACUACAGUAACCACAACCCCAACCACCACCCGAACCAUUUUGUAGUCUAUUAAAACAGGUUGGACCCAUUCUAAAAAUUCCCUACCAUUAUUAAACCCAUUAAUCAAAUUGUUUAAAAAAAGAAGAAAGAAAAAAGACGUAUCAUUUGAUAUCAAAUUCACAAUGAAACAUUAAACACUGAAACUAUUACACGAUUGAUCGAAGUAUAAUGCCGUGAUUUUAAACGCCCCCGUGUUCAAACUCCAUCUGUGUCACCAGCCUCAUGGCCAACCUGGAGUAAAUCUAUAAUAAUAUAGUAAUAAUCUACAUAUUAGUACAAACCAUGGAAGAAAAGAGAUUAAUGAAUUAAAUGUUCUUCUGUUGUCUCUACUCUCUCAUUUAUAUAUUCCCAUCAACCUCCUUUAGUUGUAUCACUACUCAAACACUACACAUUUACAAAGUCUGAUAUUUAACAUUAUAUCACUAGGUUCAGAUGAAACCAGCAUGGUAAAAGGACAAAAACUAGAAUUGUCUCCUGCUUUAUUGUGUCCCUGUUGAAGAUGAACGUCUUAGUCACGUCACACUCUACAGUGGUGUUAACAUGAAGCUCAUAAAAAAAAGUAGAAACUCAGGACUUUAACAAUUGGUAGAGUUUCAUCACUAUUUCUGUUUUCAUCUAGAAUACUAGAGGUGUUAUAUUCAUAGACAUGUGUUUAUUUUUUCACAAAAAUGUAUCUUCAGAAUAAAUGUUGAUAUCAAACCCG